AUGGCUUCACCAACUACAUCCAACGUUGACCAAGAGAAGAACGUACCAGCUGACUCUAAAGUCGAGUACAUCUCAUCUGAAGAUGACGGUCCAGCUUCGGAAUUGACUGAAGAACAUAAACAAUACUUGAUUGCCAAACAUGGUACUUACCAAUUAGACCCCGUCCCAUCCAUGAAUGACGAAGAUCCUUUGAACUGGUCCAAAGGUGUCAAAUACUUGCAAUUGGGAAUGGUUGCUUUCCACGGUUUCAUGUCUACAUUCUGUGCUUCCGGUUUGGUUCCCUCCCUUGGUGUUUUGGCUGGCGCUUUCGGAAUCACCACUGCUACUGCUUCUUAUUUAAUUGGUGUUCAAAUUGUAUUGAUUGGUGCUUUCCCAUUGUUGUGGGUGCCAUUUAUGCAAAAAUACGGUAAGAGACAAUUGUUGAUCUUGUCUGUUUUGGGUUCAUGUUUGUUCAACUUGGGUGGUGCUUACAGUAACAACUACGGUAUGAUGAUGGCCAUGAGAAGUUUGCAAGCUGUCUUUAUCUCGCCCGGUUUGGCUGUUGGUGGUGCCGUUGUCGGUGAAUUGACCUUCAGUCAUCAAAGAGGUGUCAUGUCUGGUGUUUGGUCCAUCGCUAUUAACUUGGGUACCAUGGCCGGUGCUUUGUUUAUGGGUUUCGUUGCUGAGCGUGAAUCCGUCAAUGUCGUUUACCUUGUGUUUGUCGCUAUCAACGCUGCUCAAGUUGUCGCUUACUUCUUGUUCGGAAAGGAAACCUUGUACAACUACAAUGACUUGUCCAAGAACGAGCCAAACAGAUUCAAGCAAUUGACCAGAUUCGGUGCCAUUAUCCCAGAAUUCAAAUUGAACUUGAAGACCGUGCUCCACCCAUUCGCCUACUUUGCCAACUGGAGAAUCUUUAUUGCUACUUGGGCCUACUCCAUUUGUUUCAUGCACGCCAACAUUGCCACCAAUGUUGAAAUUCCAGAAGUCAUGUACGUCAAGUUCGGUAUGGGUCCACAAGCCUUGGGUUUGCAAUUCCUUGGUUUGUUGGUUGGUACCAUUAUUGGUGAAGUUGGUGGUUACGCUUCCGACAAGUUCCAAGGCUGGGGCCAAAAGAACAACAAGGGUAACUCCUUCAGACUCUGGGUCACUUACCCAGGUUUCGCUUGUGCCGUUUGUGGUAUCAUUGUCUUUGGUUACCAAAUUGACGCCAUCACCACUUACAACAUUACACCAUUGAUUGGUUUGGCCAUCUGUGCUUUCGGUUUGCAAGUCAUGACCUCGCCAUUGAUUGCUUACUGUAUCGACAUCAACCCAAUAAUGGCUUCAGACAUUAUCCUGUUCAUUUCAUUCUGUAGACAAACAUUGGCUUUCCUUGGUACUUUCUGGUUCCCAAUAAUGUUUGUUAAAUUGGGUUUCACCAUGGCCUACAGUGUGAUGGCCAUCUUGAUGGCAGCUCUUGCUUUCAUCCCAGUUCUUUUCUUGCACAUUCUUGAAGCCAAGAAGGGAAGAUAA